GGCCGAGUGCGCUGUUCACCCAGAGCCUCGCGGUAAUCUUUCUGUUCAGGCGUCACCGUGGGCAGCCUCAUCCUUUCCUGGGUCCUCCAUGCGGCCGGAGAGCUCCGUUAGUACCCCUCCAAGAUGGCGACGCUGUUGGCGGUAAAUUCGGCUGCUAGCCUAUGGGGUCCUUACAAAGACAUUUGGCAGACAGUUGGAAAUGCUCUUUGGAGAAGACAACCUGAAGCUGUCCACCUUCUUGACAUGAUUUUGAAGAAACACAAACCUGAUUUCAUCUCCUUAUUCAGAAAUCCACCAAAGAAUGUUCAACAGCAUGAGAAGGUCCAGAAAGCCAGUACAGAGGGAGUUGCCAUCCAGGGUCAACAGGGAACCCGACUUCUUCCUGAACAGCUCAUUAAAGAAGCCUUUAUUCUCAGCGACCUUUUCGAUAUUGGAGAAUUGGCAGCUGUGGAGCUUCUCCUUGCUGGAGAGCACCAACAGCCACAUUUUCCUGGUCUCACCAGAGGAUUAGUAGCUGUUCUUUUAUAUUGGGAUGGAAAGCGGUGCAUUUCGAAUUCCCUGAAAGCUUUGGUACAGUCUAGACGAGGAAAGACAUGGACUCUAGAACUCAGUCCAGAGCUGGUCUCUAUGACAACACGCUUUACAGAUGAGCUGAUGGAGCAAGGAUUGACUUAUAAAGUUCUUACUCUGUUGUCACAGAUUGAUGUGAAUAAUGAAUUUGAGAAACUGCAGCGAGAGAGAGGAUUGGGCAGUGAGAAACAUCGUAAAGAGGUUUCUGAUCUCAUUAAGGAGUGUAGACAGUCUCUGGCAGAAAGUCUUUUUGCCUGGGCUUGCCAGUCUCCAUUAGGCAAAGAUGAUACUCUCCUCCUUAUUGGACAUUUGGAAAGAGUGACAGUUGAGGCUAAUGGCUCUCUGGAUGCUGUGAAUCUGGCUCUUCUUAUGGCUCUUCUGUACUGUUUUGAUAUCAGUUUUAUAGAACAAAGCACUGAAGAACGAGAUGAUGUGAUUCAUCAGCUUCCACUAUUGACAGAGAGGCAGUACAUUGCAACAAUUCACUCUCGUCUUCAGGACUCUCAGCCUUGGAAACUUCCUGGGCUUCAAGCCACUAUUAGACUUGCUUGGGCACUGGCUUUGAGGGGAAUAUCUCAGUUACCUGAUGUGACAGCUUUGGCUGAAUUCACAGAAGCAGAUGAGGCAAUGGCAGAACUUGCAAUUGCUGAUAGUGUUUUCCUGUUCCUUACUGAGUCUGUAGUGGUGUCCGAAAACUUCUAUCAAGAGGAAUUUUAUAUCCGAAGAACUCAUAACCUCAUCACAGAUUUCCUGGCACUCAUGCCAAUGAAGGUGAAACAACUGAAGAAUCGUGCAGAUGAAGAUGCACGAAUAAUUCACAUGAGUGUGCAGAUGGGUAAUGACCCCCCUAUUUCACUCAGAAGGGAUCUGGAACACUUAAUGCUCUUGAUUGGUGAACUAUAUAAAAAAAAUCCCUUUCAUUUGGAGCUUGCCCUAGAAUAUUGGUGUCCCUCUGAGCCUUUGCAGACUCCCACUAUCAUGGGUUCUUAUCUGGGCGUGGCUCAUCAGAGACCUCCUCAACGCCAGGUUGUCUUAUCAAAGUUUGUUAGGCAAAUGGGUGACCUCUUGCCUCCAACUAUUUAUAUUCCUUAUUUGAAAAUGCUCCAAGGCUUGGCCAAUGGACCUCAGUGUGCCCACUACUGUUUCAGUCUGCUCAAAGUCAAUGGUAGUAGUCAUGUUGAGAAUAUUCAGGGAGCAGGUGGUAGUCCUGUUUCCUGGGAGCAUUUCUUUCACUCAUUGAUGCUUUAUCAUGAACACCUCCGGAAGGAUCUUCCAAGUGCAGAUAGUGUCCAGUACCGUCACCUCCCUUCACGUGGUAUCACCCAGAAAGAGCAAGAUGGACUGAUUGCUUUUUUGCAACUCACAUCUACCAUCAUUACUUGGAGUGAAAAUGCCCGCUUGGCACUCUGUGAGCAUCCCCAGUGGACGCCUGUUGUGGUGAUUCUGGGCCUACUGCAGUGCAGCAUUCCCCCUGUUCUCAAGGCCGAGCUGCUGAAGACAUUGGCAGCGUUUGGAAAGUCUCCUGAAGUUGCUGCGUCCCUCUGGCAGUCCUUGGAGUACACUCAGAUACUGCAGACUGUCAGGGUUCCAAGUCAGAGGCAAGCAAUUGGGAUAGAGGUUGAACUCAAUGAAAUAGAAUCCCGAUGUGAAGAAUACCCAUUGACUCGGGCCUUUUGCCAGUUGAUCAGCACCCUGGUGGAGAGCUCAUUUCCUUCUAAUUUGGGCGCUGGUCUGCGGCCCCCUGGCUUUGACCCCUAUUUGCAGUUCCUUAGAGAUUCUGUGUUUCUCCGAUUUCGUACAAGAGCCUACAGGAGAGCUGCUGAAAAGUGGGAAGUUGCUGAGGUAGUUUUGGAGGUGUUUUAUAAACUACUCAGAGAUUAUGAGCCUCAGCUUGAAGAUUUUGUGGAUCAGUUUGUGGAACUACAAGGAGAAGAAAUCAUAGCUUAUAAGCCACCCGGCUUUAGUCUGAUGUAUCACCUUCUGAAUGAGUCACCAAUGUUGGAACUUGCUCUUAGUUUACUGGAAGAAGGAGUUAAGCAGCUUGAUACCUAUGCUCCCUUUCCUGGAAAGAAGCAUCUGGAGAAAGCAGUACAGCAUUGUCUUGCACUUCUCAACCUUACUAUGCAAAAGGAAAAUCUCUUUAUGGAUCUUUUAAGAGAGAGUCAACUGGCUCUCAUAGUGUCUCCUUUAGAACAGCUGUUACAGGGAAUUAACCCCAGAACUAAGAAGGCAGACAAUGUGGUAAACAUUGCCAGGUACCUGUAUCAUGGGAAUACUAAUCCAGAAUUAGCUUUUGAAAGUGCCAAGAUUCUAUGCUGUAUUUCUUGCAAUUCUAAUAUUCAGAUAAAAUUGGUUGGAGAUUUCACUCAUGACCAGAGUGUAAGCCAGAAGCUGAUGGCUGGAUUUGUAGAAUGUUUGGAUAGUGAAGACACAGAAGAAUUUGUACGUGUAGAAGAGGGCUCAGAACUUGAAAAGAAGUUAGCUGUAAUUCGUCAUGAGACAAGAAUCCACAUCUUGAAUCUUCUCAUCACAUCUCUGGAAUGCAAUCCUCCCAAUCUCGCUCUCUACUUGUUGGGCUUUGAAUUGAAGAAACCUGUCAGUACCACAAACCUACAAGAUCCAGGAGUGUUGGGUUGCCCCCGGACAUGCCUGCAUGCUAUCCUAAACAUCUUGGAGAAAGGAACAGAAGGGCGAACAGGGCCGGUGGCAGUGCGGGAAUCUCCUCAACUGGCUGAGCUGUGUUACCAGGUGAUCUAUCAGUUAUGUGCAUGUUCUGAUACAUCUGGUCCUACUAUGAGGUAUUUGAGAACCAGCCAAGAUUUUUUAUUUUCUCAGUUACAACAUCUGCCUUUCUCCAACAAAGAAUAUGAAAUCUCUAUGCUGAACCAAAUGUCAUGGCUUAUGAAGACUGCCUCAAUUGAACUAAGGGUGACUUCUCUGAAUCGUCAGCGGUCACAUACACAGAGGCUCCUACACCUUUUACUGGAUGAUAUGCCAGUAAAACCGUACUCGGAUGGUGAAGGAGGAAUAGAAGAUGAAAAUAGGUCUGUCUCUGGGUUUCUUCACUUUGACACUUCUACAAAAGUACGUCGAAAAAUUCUAAGUAUUCUUGACUCGAUUGACUUCAGUCAGGAGAUACCUGAGCCUUUGCAGUUGGAUUUUUUCGAUCGGGCCCAGAUUGAACAAGUUAUUGCUAACUGUGAGCACAAGAAUUUACGGGGACAGACAGUCUGCAAUGUCAAGCUUCUACAUAGGGUCCUGGUAGCUGAAGUCAAUGCUCUUCAGGGUAUGGCAGCCAUAGGACAGAGACCUUUACUAAUGGAGGAAAUCAGCACUAUACUUCAGUAUGUGGUGGGAAGAAACAAAUUGCUUCAAUGUCUUCAUGCUAAGCGGCAUGUGUUGGAGUCGUGGAGGCAGUUGGUGGAAAUAAUACUGACAGCUUGUCCUCAGGACCUCAUUCAGUCAGAAGAUCGACAGCUCAUUAUUCGUGAUAUUUUACAAGAUGUGCAUGAUAAGAUUCUGGAUGAUGAAGCAGCUCAGGAACUGAUGCCCGUGGUUGCGGGUGCCGUAUUCACUCUGACCGCCCACCUCAGCCAGGCUGUGCGCACAGAGCAGAAGCAGCCUCUGGGCUCAGGCCCCAGAGACACCCAGUAUGCCUUUAUGCUUGAUGGCUCCUUCGCCUCACCUCUACCAACUGAGGGUCCCCUCAUGGGGUUUGCUUCAAUUGGAGAUUCUUCACUUCACAUCAUAUUGAAGAAACUUUUAGACUUCAUUUUGAAGACAGGUGGUGGAUUCCAACGUGUGAGAACUCACCUGUAUGGCUCUCUGCUUUAUUACUUACAGAUUGCUCAGAGACCAGACGAACCAGAUACCUUAGAAGCUGCUAAGAAAACCAUGUGGGAAAGACUGACAGCCCCUGAAGAUGUUUUUAGUAAAUUACAGCGAGAAAACAUAGCUAUAAUUGAGAGUUAUGGGGCUGCUCUCAUGGAAGUGGUCUGUCGAGAUGCUUGUGAUGGGCACGAGAUUGGAAGGAUGCUGGCCCUGGCUCUUCUUGAUCGGAUUGUCUCUGUGGAUAAGCAGCAACAGUGGCUUUUAUAUCUCAGUAACAGUGGCUAUCUGAAGGUCCUCGUGGACAGCUUGGUAGAAGAUGAUCGUAAUUUACAGAGCUUACUCACUCCACAGCCUCCUCUUUUAAAGGCCCUUUAUACUUAUGAAUCCAAAAUGGCCUUUCUCACAAGAGUGGCUAAGAUACAGCAGGGCUCUUUAGAGCUACUAAGAUCUGGGGUGAUUGUGAGACUAGCACAAUGCCAAGUCUAUGACAUGCGGCCAGAAACAGACCCACAUGGCGUGUUUGGCGUGAGAGAUCCCCCAAUGUUCAUCCCUACACCUGUGGAUCGCUACCGUCAGAUUCUGCUUCCAGCUCUCCAGCUGUGCCAGGUCAUUCUUACAUCCAGUAUGGCCCAGCACUUGCAGGCAGCAGGGCAGGUGUUGCAGUUUCUCAUUUCCCAUUCUGAUACCAUACAAGCAAUCCUCCGCUGUCAGGAUGUGAGUGCUGGCUCUUUGCAGGAACUGGCUCUGCUGACAGGCAUUAUAAGUAAAGCUGCACUUCCUGGUAUAUUAUGUGAACUUGAUGUUGAUGUAAACGAAGGAUCUCUAAUGGAGCUGCAAGGACAUAUUGGAAGAUUCCAGCGCCAGUGCUUAGGACUGCUAAGUCGCUUUGGUGGUGCUGACAGACUACGGCAGUUUAAAUUUCAAGAUGACAAUGUGGAUCGUGAUAGGGUGAACAAGAAGGAUGAGAUGGAACUGGCCAUGCAGCAGAUUUGUGCCAAUGUAAUGGAAUACUGCCAGUCCCUUAUGCUGCAGAGCUCCCCCACCUCCCAGCAUGCAGUGUGUCUUUUCACACCUAGCCUUUCAGAGACCAUUAACAGAGAUGGACCACGGCAAGAUACCCAAGCUCCAGUAGUUCCAUAUUGGCGCCUGCCUGGUUUGGGGAUUAUCGUCUACCUACUGAAACAGAGUGCCAGUGAUUUCUUCACUUAUUAUGACAGUCACCGACGCAGUGUCAACAAGCUACAGAAUGUAGAGCAACUUCCACCUGAUGAGAUAAAAGAGUUGUGUCAGUCUGUGAUGCCUGCUGGUGUUGAUAAAAUCUCCACUGCCCAAAAAUACGUUCUAGCAAGAAGGCGUUUGGUGAAGUUGAUCAACAACCGAGCUAAACUGCUCUCCCUUUGUUCCUUUAUCAUAGAGACCUGCCUGUUUAUUUUUUGGCGCCACCUGGAGUACUACUUGUUACAUUGCACACCCACAGACUCUCAAGAUUCCUUGUUUGCCUCUAGAACUUUAUUUAAAAGCAGAAGAAUACAAGAUUCCUUCUCCUCAGAUGCCAAUCUGGAUUUUCGAAGUAUGCUGACUGUAGUGAGCCAACAUGAUCUAGACCAGCUUCAGUCUGGUGCCGUGAAUGCUUUUGGAGAAUCACUACAAAAGAAGCUUCUGGACAUUGAAGGACUGUAUUCAAAAGUCCGGUCUCGCCAUAGUUUUACCCAGGCUCUCGUGAGACGGAUCCGUGGGCUGCUGAGGAUAUCGAGGAGCUGAGCCUUGCUGACGCCCGGGAGAGGGACCGAGGACACUGCCUCCUUUUUAUAAAUGACUUUCUUUCUAAAUUAUGACCAAAAUAUUUUGAUAUUUCUUUCUUUAUAUAUAGACAUCUUUUCUGUACAUUUUUUGGUCUGAUUUCAUCUUC